AUGAAGCUUACGUUGCUCCUAUGGUGUGCAGUAUUGCUUCUGCAACAACCAUUCUGUGCAAGAGCGAGCGACAUUGAAAGUGAAAAUUCCCAUAACAGUAGCCAAAUCGACGAUGCUGACGUAUCACCCAUUGAGAUGAACCCUGAUUUUGAAGAAUAUUAUGGAUCCGAAGACAGCGAUAGCGAUAGCGAUAGCGAUAGCGAUAGCGAUAGUGAUCUAUCAGAUGAUGAGGCUGACUCUAAACUGAAUCCAAAGAAACUCGCCAAGUCGUCCAUCAGUGCAGCCUUGAAGAAGAAAAAGACGCAAAUAGCAAAGAAACGGACCAUUAUUACAUUGGCUUUGGCUGUCUUUGCCUUUCGCCGGGAAAUUUUAUACUCAAUUCUUCAUUUCCUAAACAAGCUUUUCGUCAAUCCAAGAACUGGAAAAUUGAAUCUGAGUCUAACGCAAAUAUUGAAGCUCGUCUUGUUCAUCGACCUAAUGAGGAAACUCCAAAACACAAGUGGGAUGAGAAACGGCAGUUGGAUGAACAAUUCCACCAACACGAAUUCUAAGCAUGCAAUCGAAAUGCUAGGGUUAAUGAACCCACUUUUUGGGAUCCUAGUAAAGAGCUUGAUAACGCCCAACCCUGCCUACAUUCCAUCGCUGUAUCAACACUACACCUUUGAAAGAGUGAACGAACGACAUCUAAAAGAUGGACUGGCUCUUCACAAGGCAAUUCAUUCAACCCAUGAUGAAUUCAAGUGGCCAUCUUCUCAAUCUCAAGUAUACGAAAAUAUUGAAAGACCAAUAAUAAAGAUGCCGGACGGCAAAAAAUCGAACGAAACGGCCAUCAUCUUGGAUCUGACAAAGUUGGGCCCUAGUCCAUCCGAAGACAUUCGAGAUAAGGUUUCCUUUGUGCUAAGUCAAUAUCGUCACGCCGCAAUGAUAACAAAAGACAAUAUUUCAACCGGUAUUGAAAUUGUCGUGAUCCUCGAAUCGCCUGGGGGAAGUGCUGUUGAUUUCGGGUUGGCAGCACAGCAGCUUCUACGUUUGAGAAAUGAGCCAGGAGUUCUUCUUACAAUUUGCGUCGACCGCGUGGCUGCUUCUGGUGGUUACAUGCUUGCAUGCACCGCUAGUCCAGGACGAUUGUUUGCUGCUCCCUUUAGCGUUGUCGGAUCCAUUGGAGUUAUUGGGCAAAUAAUCAACAUUAAUGAACUCCUGGAACGAUCGGGUGUAUCACCAAUAGUCUUUCGGGGAGGAAAGAAUAAGGCCCCACUCGGUCUGAUUGGAAAGGUUACCAAACACUCUAUAGCCAAGACUCAAUCAAUGGUCGAUGACACGCAUAGGGCUUUCAAGCAGCAUGUCGUUGACUCAAGGCCAAUACUCAAAGAGAGGAUUGAAAACGUUGGGACUGGCGAUGUCUGGCUCGGAUCGGAUGCUAUUACGCUCGAUUUAAUCGACCGCAUCACCACUAGCGACGAAUAUAUCUCAGAGAAAGUAUCAAAUGGAGUGAGAGUCUUGAAAAUGAUCAAGUGUCCUCCUCGUAGCUUGUUAUUUGGGAGGCAACUACCCCCCGGGGCGACAAGUAUGCAAGCCGGCUCAAUCAGCGCCUUGGUGCAAGGUUUUCUCGCCUUUGUGAAGAACACCGUUGCCAUGAAUCAAGACCCAAGGAUAUUAUUUCGAGAGGGAAUGGAUUCGGAAAAACUUCCUAUUGCUGCAUCAACUAUGGACACACCAAAAAUGAAGCUUUGA